AUCCGACUGUCACAAGAAACGUCAACAAGAAUAGUAGUAAAAUAUUUGCGUCCAAACAUUUGGAAAGAAAUUUCUUAAUAAAGUGGUAAAAAUGUCGAUUUUUUGCCGUUUAUGUGCGGAGACAAAAGAUCCAUCUAAUAUUGUAACAUCAAUUAACGAUCCGGAACGUUCGAUUGAACGAAAAUUGAUUGCGUGUUGUCAAUGGAAUCCACAAAAUACUGAUUUUGAGUUGCCGCAAGAUGUUUGUUUGUUUUGUUAUGAAAGAUUAGAAAAUAGCUGGUUAUUUUUACAAAGCGUUCAAUCGGCUCAGCGAAAAAUACAAAAUAUUUGUGAAAAUGAUUCGGGGAUCUCUAAGCCGAUAUCAUUGUCAACAGCAUCAACAGCCAAGACGUCGAAGUCAACAUUUCAGUGCAAUAAAUGCGAGAAUAUUUUCCCUUCACGGAUUGCAAUGGAGAAACACGAAUGUAUUUCAUCACGUGAUGAUUCACACUUUAAAUGUAACAUUUGCCAAAAAACAUUCAAAACCAGGGGCAGCUUUCUUACGCACUGCAAGAAUCAGGGCAAACUGAAGUGUGAUAUGUGCUUGGACUUGUUUUGCAGCUAUAAACUACUGGAAAAGCACAAGAAACAGGCCUGCACCCAUUUUAUUGAUAGCUUGGAUAUAGUUGAAAGUAAACCAACGUUCGUUGACUGUAGCUCUGAAAUAGGUGGUACCGGUGGUGUUGAUAUCGUCGAACACGAAGCCGAAACAUCGACGGAAUUUGACUUUCCUCCGAUCCAAUUUCGAUUCAAUGAAAGCGGUGAUCUUGAACCUCCAAUUCGAAAUUCAUUUCCGAGAGACCAAAGCGAUCGAGAAUAUUAUUGCUAUUUGUGUAAAAGAGGUUUCAAGAAAUUUCCACUACUCAAAUAUCACAUGGUCGUUCACACAUUGCCUCGUCGGUUCAAGUGCCAGUAUUGUAACUCAAGAUUUCGUACACAACGUCAUUAUACAUCGCAUCAAAAGAAUCACAUCGAUUACUUUUGUGAUGUUUGCAGCAAAAAAUUUCCAAGCGCAUUCGCGCUCAAGGUACAUCGUCGAAUGCAUAUGGGCGCAAGCGUUAAAAUGUAUGGAUGUGAAGAGUGCGACCAUUUCUUUGUGGAUGUUUCGACUUACUAUAACCACAUGAGAAGAAGACAUGGACUUGAUACAGCGGCUGCCAAGAAAAAAGCCAAACUUGUACAACCCAAUGGAACUGCCAAACCAUAUGUCUGUGAGCAGUGUGGAAAAGACUUCAUGGAACGCAGUUCAUUAAAGGCCCAUUCGGUAGUGCAUUUGGAUAUUCGACCUUUCCAAUGCAAUGUUUGUCCAAAAGCAUUUAAGAAUAAGUACAACUUGAAAACACAUCUAGAAACACAUUCGGGUGAGCGGUCUGUUCAGUGCACGGAAUGUGGAAAGAAAUAUAGCCGAAAAAGUGUUUUGCUGAAACACAUGGAAGAGCAUACCGGUGUUUUUACUAAAACAUUUCCUUGUGAUUUUUGCGAUCGAGUCUUUCGUUCUCUUUACAACAUGCAAAACCAUCGUCGUACGCACACGGGAGAGAAACCAUUUCGUUGUGAAAUUUGUAACCAUGAUGUUACAACAAAGUCUCAGCUAGAUCGUCAUCUCAAGACGCUUUCCCACACUAAUCAGUUAAAUAAAUUAAAUGAAACCUUAAGUUUCGAAGAGAGACAGGAUUAUGUUUAGAAUAGUUAUACAGCAAUAAAUAUAAGUAUUAAAGAAACCAA